AAGUUUGCGCAUGACCCAAGCAAAAAGGUCCUUGCCCGUUGCGUGGGUACCUUGUUUAUGGGAAUCGCGUAAAUUUUUCGAUUUAAUUGUGGCAAAAUCGGUAGAUGGAUGAUCCAGCCAGAAUGUUAAGCCACACAGGAGCCGGUUUGAUGCCGCCACAACCGUACGGUAUGGGUCAGCAGGGCGAGACGCCAUCGGGGGGCGACAAUGAACCCCGCAAACAAGACAUCGGCGAGAUUCUGCAGCAGAUUAUGAACAUCACAGAUCAGAGUUUGGACGAGGCCCAAGCAAGGAAGCACACUCUAAACUGCCACCGAAUGAAACCCGCUUUGUUUUCCGUUUUGUGUGAAAUUAAAGAGAAGACUGUGCUGUCUUUGAGGAAUACACAAGAGGAGGAGCCCCCAGACCCGCAACUCAUGAGGCUGGACAAUAUGCUUAUCGCGGAAGGGGUGGCCGGUCCAGAGAAAGGCGGUGGCGCCGGGGCUGCUGCAUCAGGUUCCGCGGCAGCACAGGCCGGACAACCCGAUAAUGCCAUCGAGCACUCGGAUUACAGGGCGAAACUUGCUCAGAUUAGGCAAAUUUACCAUCAGGAGUUGGAGAAAUAUGAGCAGGCCUGUAACGAGUUCACCACUCACGUGAUGAACCUGCUCCGUGAACAAUCACGAACCAGACCAAUAACCCCGAAAGAGAUUGAGAGGAUGGUCCAAAUCAUCCACAAAAAGUUCAGCUCCAUUCAAAUGCAGCUGAAACAGUCCACUUGCGAGGCAGUCAUGAUACUGCGGUCCAGGUUCUUGGACGCUAGGCGAAAACGACGAAACUUCAGCAAGCAGGCGUCGGAAAUUUUAAACGAGUACUUCUAUUCACACUUGUCCAAUCCUUAUCCCAGCGAGGAAGCCAAAGAAGAGCUGGCGCGGAAGUGCGGUAUUACCGUGUCACAGGUCUCGAAUUGGUUCGGCAAUAAGAGAAUUAGGUACAAAAAGAACAUAGGCAAGGCGCAAGAGGAGGCGAACCUGUACGCGGCCAAAAAGGCGGCGGGCGCCUCGCCCUACAGCGGCACCCCCACCCCGAUGAUGUCGCCCGCGCCCCCCCAAGACUCUAUGGGCUAUUCGAUGGGCUCCGCUUACGAUCAGGGCUCCGCCUACGACGCGAGCAGUUGCGGUUACGACCCGAUGCACGCCCAAGAACUCUCGCCCUAAGUUCGUCCCAAAUAGUUUUCUAGGUUUAGGUUAAACGCGAUUUGUCGGACCGGCAAGGAUAGUGGACUUGUUUCUAUGGAUCCCGGUAAUAACCGAACGAAAAAUUUUAGACCCCGGAAAAACAUUUCUCGUGCAUUCGGAGCAGUUGGCGCCUUUAUCGUUUUCUAAAAGCAAUAAUCGAAUCAAAAGGAAAAAUAAUCCAAUACGCCAUUAGCAAAAUGGCUGUUGCCAUGUGAUCGCUAAAAGUGGGCAAGAGAUUUUUCCAAAUUUAACUUGAAUUUAAUUGUUUUUUUUUUUUUUGUAUCGUAUGUUAUAGAAAGCUGUUUUAUUGAAAUUGUAAAGGAUUCCGUAUUUACAAAUAUCCGAAAGUUAUAACGUUUCUCCAACUUAUAAUUCCCAAAUUUAUAAGGUCUGCUGAAAUAUGGCUACUAGAUAUAUAAACAUAUAUAUAACAUGCCGAUAAUGUAGGAAAUUUUGUGCAUUUCUAGCGGCGUUUAAGAACCAACAUGGCUGCGGAGAUUUGCUGAAAACGGUUUCAAGUUAGCGCGUGCACUAAUACCUGUCUCUACGUAAAUUUCAUAGCCGUCAAUUUUUACCGUCCUUACGGAUACCGUUUUACCUAAUAAAUAGUAAAUAAUAUUACAAAUACGCUUGGUUACCUUGCAUUUCUUGAAGCUUAAACAUCAAUCCCCUUUAGGUCUCGUCGGACGUUCCUUAAUUUUGAUCCAUCGUCGUCUACAACCGGCUUCCAUACUUUCUCGCGAAAACGUUUUUUUCCGCAGCACGCCACUUAUAAAAAUAUAACUUAUCCGUCGCGAUUUUUGGGAGCGAUGAUAUUACUACGUUACGUCGAAUUUCACUAUUUAAAGUAACUGAUGACGGUCUAGUAACCCAUGAAACUCACGUGCAAUGUAGGUAACCAUGGUAACCUCAGACGUCGUGGUAGUGAGGGGGUAAGAUGUCGCAUUCUUAGAGAUUGAUUGUAAAAAUCAAAAAUGCCUUGGCAAAGGGGCAGCCUGAACUAUUUACGUUUGAUAUUUAAAAUGUUUGUCAAACCUACUUCGAUCCGAGGUGGUCUGGUGAUUAAAGUCAUUUGAUUUGACAUCGGACUACCCGGAAGUUGCGGGUUCAGAUCCGAGGCUAAGCGUGAUUAUUUUUUCUGUUUAUAUACUAAAAUAAAUUACUAAAAAUGCUUUUCCUCUCUCGAUGCCGCAUAUAGACGCUUAACACUGUCCAUGUCAAGUCCGACGCCCCUGAAGUAUACCGGCUUAUGUAUACCAAGCAAUCGUAUACUGUAAUUUAGGAACAUGUGCAUUAUUUUGUUUAGUAUUAUUGGUGCAGUCAACAAAAUAUACACCAGGUUUCCAUUUUUGAGGUUUCUGCGUGGCGCUAUGGGUUCCUAACCUAGAAUUACGUCCGAUGUUCCCGAUCAUGGAAAUGUGGUGCGUAUUUGCACAGCGAUAUAAUUUGACAGGAGUGUAACACUUAUCGAGGCUUUAAUGAAGCGUCAGUUGUUAGUGUAAGUGAAAAGAUUAAUUAUUUUAUACAUAACCCUUAUGUAACGCGUUUCUGUAUUUUGCAAAAAAUAUAAUGUGUAUUAAAAC